GUAAAACUCUGCAUUUCCCCGAAAAGGAAAUCCCUCACUUUCCCAAUUUUGCUCUGUUUCAACAAUGGCGAGCUUUCUUUGGGUUUUCAUCUUCGUGGCUUUGGGGAUCUAUUCCGAGGUUCUUUUCGCCCAAAAAAGCCGAAAAGAAUUGAGGGCUGAGGAGGUGAAUGGGGAUGGCAUUAUACAGUUGGGCCAUCCCGUACGCUCUAAUAGAUUUGAUCCCUCACACGUCGUUCAACUCUCAUGGCGACCAAGGGUUUUCUUGUAUAGAGACUUCCUGUCAGAAGAAGAGACUGAUCACUUAAUCUCUUUGGUGCAUGACAAGAGAAAUAGCUCCACAGUUGAUAAUGCUUCAGUGGAUGCAGUGAAGUUUCCCCCGGGUAUUCCUUUAGAUGCAAAUGAUCCUACUUCCUCAAGGAUCGAAGAAAGGAUCUCAGCUUGGACCUUUCUGCCUAAAGGAAACAGCAAGCCAUUGCAUGUUCUGCAUUCUGGGAGUGAGAGUUUAAAGGGGAAUUAUAGUUAUUUUGAGAGGGAUUCCGCACUCAAGUCCAACGAACCAUUAAUGGCGACCGUCAUUUUGUAUCUAUCAAAUGUGACGCAGGGUGGUCAGAUCCUCUUCCCUGAGUCGGAGAAUAAGAUCUUGUCCGACUGUACGAAGAGUAGUGACACCUUGAGACCAACUAAAGGAAACGCAAUUGUGUUUUUCAAUGUCCACCUCGAUGCAUCCCCUGACAGGAGUAGCUCCCAUGCAAGAUGCCCUAUUGUUGAUGGUGAAAUGUGGUAUGCCAUCAAAUUCUUUUAUCUCAGAAGUAUUACUGUACAAAAGGAUCCACUACAAUCAGAUGAUGAUACCAAUUGUACCGAUGAAGAUGAGAACUGUACUCGAUGGGCUGCUACUGGAGAGUGUGAAAGGAAUCCUGUUUUUAUGGUUGGUUCUCCUGAUUAUUAUGGUACAUGUAGGAAAAGUUGUAAUGCAUGUUGAUUCUUUAUGUAACGAUUACAUCUACCUUUACUGGCAUUGUUUGUGACAAAAUCUUCUGAUUAAUAUAGUCAGGAAUUAUUCUUU